AUGACGACUUAUUUCCUACUCAGCCUACCUACACUACUUAACACGAGGUCUACGUCGAGACAUCCACUCAUUCCACCAUCCAGUGGUGCUCCUGAGGCUGUGGGAUCUGGAGCUGGAGCAGGAGAUGAUGAUGAUGAUGAUCAUGACGAGGACACUGAGCCUCUUUUCGUCCCCUCCGCCUCCGUCACCUGCGGCUCCACGCCUCCACCUGUGGUCUUCAUCGGAAGCAAGCCACGCGCCUUCGCCGCCUGCGGCUCCAGCACCCCCACGGGGGGCUUCGCUGCAGGCCAGCCGCACCUCACAGGGGGCUUCGUUGCAGGCCAGCCGCACCUGCGCGUCGCCUCGUCGAGCCGCACCUGCGCGUCGCCUCAUCGAGCCGCACCUGCGCGUCCCCUCGUCGAGCCGCAGGUUCAAGCUGCACCUUCGCUGCAGGCGAGCCGCAGGUUCAAGCCGUCACCUGCGCGUUGCCUCGUAGAGCCGCAGAUCUACGAGGUGUCAUCGUCGUGGUGGAAAUCGCUGAAGAAUCGUAGGUUGCAGAAUUGGGGUGGGGUGGUGCACGAAAAGGGGCUUUUGCCACAGCAACUAUUGAGAACCACCCUCGAGGGAGAACCACCCUCGAGGUUGACCCACCUGGAGACGGGGACCGCCGCUAGGCCCAGCAGCGCCGGCUCCUUGGCCGUCAAACUGGUCCUCGACGAGCACGGCCAGCUUAUCGUCGAGCGGCUACGCGUGUCCCCUGCUUCGACUUCACCUGGAGCGAGGUUGAAUCCUUCAGUUAGUUGA